UGCUGGAACAAUUGCGAUCAGCAAUUGGGUCCCUUCCCGCUGAACAUUAAUUCAGCAUUGCGCCAAGGCUCGCUCGUGCUGACGAACAUUGCCUGGGAUCAGGCGAUUACGAAUGCAUCGAAACAGUGUCUGGUCACUUGGGAGGUCUCCGGAGGCGGUCUAAUGGGCAAUCUAUUGACUGAUAGUUCUACUGUUGAAUUAUCCCUUUGGCCAGAUACAGUAUAUCACGUACAAGUUACGUGCAAGCAUAAGGAGACUGGCGGCAUGCGACGUUCGUACAAACUGAUCGUGGACACGCACAAGCUGAGCGACAGCACUGUUACCGGCAUGCAA